AUGCGCUUCGCAGAGCCUGUCUUUGUCCCGUAUCACGCGCCGCUCCAGCGCGGCACGCUGGUCGACCGGCGGGACCGCUUCAUCGCCGAGGUUGCGCUCGACGGCCAGCCGGCCAGCGUGCUCGCGCACUGCAUCAAUCCCGGCCGGAUGGAGGCGUUCGUGCGGCCCGGCGCACGGGUGUGGGUCCUCCCUGUGGAGAAGGCCGACCGAAAGCUGCGCUACUCGUGGGAGGCGAUCGAGGUGCUGGGCGUCCGCGGCGCCAACAUCAUCGCCUCGACAAACACCGUCCGGCCCAACCUGCUCGUGCGUGCGCUCCUCGAGGCGCGAUGCCUCCGCGACCUCUCCUUUUGCGAGCUGCGUGCCGAACGCAACUUUGUCGCCGGCAGCCACUCGGGGCGCGUCGACUUCCUUCUCGACGAGCAGAGCGCCUCGCCCCACUACGUGGAGGUCAAGAACUGCCACAUGGUGUACGAGGACGGCUGGGGCUACUUUCCUGACUCCGUCUCCGCACGAGCGACGCGGCACGUGGACGCGCUCGCUGCGCUGGUGGCUGGAGGGGCGCGUGCCUCCGUCAUCCUCGUCGUGCAGCGCUCCGAUGUCGAGCACGGCGUGCGUCCGAGCGCAUUCCAUGACCCCGCCUUCGCCGCCGCGGCGGUCAAGGCUGCGCAGGCCGGCGUGCAGUUUCGCGCCGUCCGAGCUAGCGUCGACCUGCAGGGCACCUACCUGACGCACGAGCUGCCGGUCGACCUCUCGGGCCACGCCUCACCCACCGUGCUCACCGACGUGGGGAGGCAGUGGGAGGCGAACCGCGAGAGCACGGGGACCGUGGAGUUGGAGGCGGCCGUCGGCGGAAAGCCGGCAGACCCCGCAGUCGGCCCAACCCCAGAGCCAGACGCAGACCGGCACGCGGCAGUCCCCAUGGCGGCACGAGUCCGCGCAGACAGGCGCAGCCAGGGUGGCGCCGCGGGUGGCAAGAAGUCGCCCUUUUUCGAUCAGUGA